GGGCAUUUAAGACACGGGACAUGCAGCUGGGCACAGCCACAGCCGCAGGACCCAGAGGCAGACCUUGACAGCUGGGGAAGGAGGGAAGAAGCCACCCUCGAGAGCAGAGGCCACAGCAGCAGUGGCAGCAGCACUGUUACCCUGCCUGUCCCCCGCUGCCUGGAAACAAUGCUCCUAGCGACGUUCAAGCUGUGCGCUGGGAGCUCCUAUAGACAUGUUCGCAACAUGAAGGGGCUGAGGCACCAAGCCGUGCUGGCCAUCGGCCAGGAGCUGAACCGGAGGGCACUAGGGGGCCCGACCCCGGGUGCAUGGAUUAACCAGGCUCGGCGUCAGAGUUCUCUGCUUGGUUCUCAGCUGGAAGAGACUCUCUACAGUGACCAGGAGCUGGCCUAUAUCCAGCAGGGAGAGGAGGCCAUGCAGAAGGCCCUGGGCAUCCUCAGCAGCCGGGAGGGCUGGAAGAAGGAGAACCAGCAGGCAAAUGGGGACACGGUACUGAGUAAAGUGGUCCCAGAUAUGGGCAAGGUGUUCCGGUUGGAGGUGGUGGUGGACCAGCCCAUGGAGAGGCUUUAUGAAGAGCUUGUGGAGCACAUGGAAGCGAUGGGAGAGUGGAACCCGAACAUCAAGGAGAUUAAGGUCCUGCAGAAGAUUGGAAAAGAUACAGUCAUCACCCACGAGUUGGCUGCAGAAUCAGCAGGAAACCUCGUGGGGCCCCGGGACUUCGUAAGCGUGCGCUGCACUAAGCGCCGAGGCUCCACCUGCGUGCUGGCUGGCACGGCCACACGUUUCGGUGAGAUGCCCGAGCAGAAAGGCAUCAUCAGAGGAGAGCAUGGUCCCACUUGCAUGGUGCUCCGUCCCCUGGCCGGAAGUCCCUCGAAGACCAAACUCACGUGGCUGCUCAGUAUUGACCUCAAGGGAUGGCUGCCAAAGACGAUCAUCAACCAGGUCUUAUCACAGACUCAGGUCGACUUUGCCAACCACCUGCGCAAGCACCUGGAGUCCAGCCCCGCUCCUGACACCAGGUGUUAAGGACCAGCCUGCUGCUUCCAACUGUUUCUAGUGCACUGGCUCGCAUGCCCUUCAGGGAGAUCCCUGCUAGAAGCCUACAAGUCUGUUUAAGCUCUUCAUCCGGGGACUGUGGAAUGGGCUGGAGUAUAUUUAGGAUGCUGGGACUGGCAAAAUUUUAGGACCAAGAAAAUGGGGACAGAGCUUUUAAGAGAAAGAGCUUUCUAACUCUAUUCAAUGAUUAGCUCUGAAAUGAAGGUUAAGGGCUCCAAAAUAUUUGUAAAACUUCCUUCUGGGCCCUUACACAUCUAUUUAAAAACAUCUUUAUAAAUGCUACUAGCUGACACAGGGUGCAGAGGGUGUAAGUACAAGGACUGGGACCUCAUACUUUAGGGGCUCAAGAGCUCCAUUCCCGCAGGCAGUGUGUGUGGGGUCUUACAAAAGGGACUCCAGCAACCCUCUGCUCCUCUACCAAACAGGUAGAGAGCUGCACCAAAGACCAAGUAACUCCCCACAGUGGAUGCGUUCUAGAAAUGUAGUCUAAGUUUUCUUGAUUGAAAAAGAUACGAAACUAAUUAAACUAGUUACCCUAUUUCUUCCAUGGGCACCAGUCAGAAUAAAGAGUUGUAACUAAGACGCAAA